UAUAGCGGAACAUAGGUCGUCGGGACGGUCGACAUUUUGUUAGCGUCUUAGCAAAAUAAACUGUCGAGGGCAUUCUCAGGGCAACUUGAUUGCCAUCAGUUGCUUUUUGCUGCCUGACAGUUAAAACGAUUAAAUCAUGUGGUAUGAAAUAUUGCCCGGCUUUGCCGUCAUGACCGUUUGUAUGAUGAUUCCUGGCAUCGCUACGGCUCAGAUCCAUAAGUUCACCAACGCAAGGAAGGAAAAGAGGGUCGCACGGUUUCCCUGGCAGUGGUAUCUGAUGGAGAGGGACAAGCGAGUGUCCGGAACAGGACAGCACAUCGAACCCAAGGGACUUGAGAACAUCAACUGAACUCGAAGACCUUCACAGACCUCCAAUGUGUUUUGUUGUUGUACAUUAAAAACUAAAGUUCUAUUUAAUUCUGCUGUUUGUUAAUUUUUUUUUUACCACAUCUUCUAAACUAGCGGUUGCUGUCAUCAGAAACACCUUUGAUAGUUUAAAUCUUUUGUUCACGUGUUCCAGAAACAAAAGAUAAUGGUGAAAAUUAAAUAAAUGCUUUAUACCAGUGA